AUGAGGUGCAAAGAGUUCAGUGUAUGUCGGAAUGCACCUCCUCCUAGAGAGGCUGAUUGGAUGCAUGCUGGAGAGAAAUCUGAUGAGGGUAAUAUAACUGGGAAAUUGUGGAGACAUUGUGAGCAUCUUAAUCAGCAUUCCAAGAUUCAUGCUCAGCAGCAGGCUUUUGAAUAUAGUGGACAAUGGAAAUCCUUCAACACAGAGCCAAUAUUAUUGGAACAGAUGAAAGAGUAUAUGGGAGAGACAUCCUGCAAAUUUGAUUAUGGGAAAGUCUUUCAUAAGUCAGCUGUUCUUGCCAAAGAGACAAUUCCAGUAUCAGAGAAAUCUUUUCAAUUUGACAUAUGUUGGAGAAAGUUCUGUGAAAAUUAUGAACUCACUGAACAGCAGAAAGUACACUCAGAGGAGAAACCCUAUAAAUAUAGUGAAUGUGAUAAAUCAUUCAUGAAGAAAUUACCCCUUACAAUCCAUAAGAUAACACAUACAGGGGAGAAGCUAUAUGUGUCUAAUGAAUGUGGGAAAACUUUUCACAAGUCCUCAAACCUCAGCAAGCAUCAGAGAAUUCACACAGGUGAGAAACCUUAUGAAUGCAAAGAAUGUAGAAAAACUUUCUACUGGAAAUCACACCUCAAUGAACAUCAGAGAACUCACACAGGUGAGAAACCAUAUGAAUGUAAAGAAUGUAGAAAAACUUUCUACUGUAAAUCACACCUCAGUGAACAUCAGAGAACUCACACAGGUGAGAAACCAUAUGAAUGUAAAGAAUGUAGAAAAACUUUCUACCGUAAAUCACAUCUCAAUGAACAUCAGAGAACUCACACAGGUGAGAAACCAUAUGAAUGUAAAGAAUGUGGAAAAACUUUCUACUGUAAAUCAAAUCUCAGUGUACAUAAGAGAAUUCACACAGAUGAGAAACCAUAUGAAUGUAAGAAAUGUAAGAAAGCUUUCAACCGUAAGUCACACCUCAGUGUACAUCAGAGAACUCACACAGGUGAGAAACCAUAUGAAUGUAACGAAUGUGGAAAAACUUUCUACUCUAAAUCAAACCUCAGUGUACAUAAGAGAAUUCACACAGGUGAGAAACCAUAUGAAUGUAAGAAAUGUAAGAAAGCUUUCAACUGUAAGUCACACCUCAAUGUACAUCAGAGAACUCACACAGGUGAGAAACCAUAUGAAUGUAAAGAAUGUAGAAAAACUUUCUACUGUAAAUCACACCUCAAUGAACAUCAGAGAACUCACACAGGUGAGAAACCAUAUGAAUGUAAAGAAUGUGGAAAAACUUUCUACUCUAAAUCAAACCUCAGUGUACAUCAGAGACUUCACACAGGUGAGAAACCAUAUGAAUGUAGUGAAUGUGGAAAAACCUUUCACAGGAAGUCACACCUCAGCAGGCAUCAGAGAAUUCACACAGGUGAGAAACCAUAUGAAUGUAGUGAAUGUGGAAAAACCUUUCAUGAAAAGUCAAAUCUCAGCAAGCAUCAGAGAAUUCACACAGGUGGGAAACCAUAUGAAUGUAGUUAAUGUGGAAAAACCUUUCACAGGAAGUCACUCCUCAGUGGGCAUCAGAGAAUUCACAGAGGUGAGAAACCAUAUAAAUGUAGUGCAUGUGGAAAAACCUCUCACAGGAAGUCACACCUCAGCAGGCAUCAGAGAAUUCACACCAGUGAGAAACCGUAUGAAUGUAGUGAAUGUGGAAAAACCUUUCAUGAGAAGUCAAAUCUCAACAAGCAUCAGAGAAUUCACACAGGUGAGAAACCAUAUGAAUGUAAAGAAUAUAGAAAAACUUACUCCAGUAAAUCAUGCCUCAGAGGACAUCAGAGAACUCACACAGAU